AUGUUCCCGCAACACGUUUUUCCCGAUACUGCCGAAAUUGACGGGCAGGGGCGGCUGGUUAUUGGCGGCUGCUCUGCCCUGGACUUGGCCGAGGAGUACGGCACCCCCGUCUACGUGCUGGACGAGGCCACCCUGCGCAACCGGUGCCGCAGCUACCGCGCCGAGUUCGAACAGCGCUGCCCCGGAGCCCAGGUGCUCUACGCCUCCAAGGCCUACAUCAACCCGGCCCUGGCCCAGAUUUUCAACGAGGAGGGCCUGGGCCUGGACGUGGUAUCCGGCGGGGAACUGGCGGUGGCCAUCGCCGCCCAGUUCCCUCUGGAAAAGGUCUAUUUCCACGGCAACAACAAGACAUCCGACGAACUGGCCUACGCCGUCGACCAGGGCAUCGGGCGGAUAGUGGUGGACAGCUUCCACGAACUGGACCUGCUGAACCGCAUAGCGGGAGAAGCGGGCAAGGUGCAGGACAUACUCAUCCGGGUGUCGCCGGGAAUUGACCCGCACACCCACGCCUACACCACCACCGGCAUCAUCGACUCCAAGUUUGGGUUCUCCAUCCAGACGGGGCAGGCCGCCGAGGCGAUCCGACAAGCUCUGGCCCUGAGCCGGAAUGGGGGCAACCUGACCUUAAAGGGACUGCACUUCCACCUGGGGUCGCCCAUCUUCGAGCUGGAACCCUACCAGGCCGCCGCCACCGACCUGGUGCUGCGGUUCGCCGCCGGAUUCCGGGAAGAAGGGCUGGACCUGCAGGAAUUCAGUCCGGGCGGCGGGUUUGCCAUCGCCUACACCCGGGACCAGGAACCACCGGCCAUCGGCGAAUACGCCGAGACCAUCGUCGCAACACUCAAGGCCACCUGCGGGGAGCUGGGGCUGGCCAUACCCACCCUUUUGAUAGAGCCGGGGCGGUCCAUCGUGGGCCCGGCGGGGGUCGCGCUGUACCGCAUCGGAGCCAUCAAGGACAUCCCCGGGGUGCGGAAGUACGUCAGCGUGGACGGGGGCAUGGGCGACAACAUCCGACCCGCCCUGUACCAAGCCAGCUACGAGGUGGUGUCGGCGGGGAAGGUCAAUUCCAGCACCAGCGGCAACGGUACUUACGCGGAGGAGAAAGUCACCAUCGCGGGCAAAUACUGCGAAUCGGGCGACGUGCUGGCCUCGGACAUCAUGCUGCCAACGCCGGAGCCGGGGGACAUCAUCGCCAUCCCUGCCGCCGGAGCCUACUGCCCCUCCAUGGCCAGCAACUACAACCUGAACCCGCGUCCGCCCAUGGUGCUGGUCAAGGACGGGAAGAGCCGCCUGAUCCGGCGGCGGGAGAGCUACGCGGACAUGAUGCUUUGCGACGUUUAG